UGCAUCGAUAUGAUGGGUAAAUGGAGGGAUUUUAUGUGACAGAUUAUUCAUAAGUAUAUAUAGUAAAUCAUUUCCCGAAUCAUAAUCGUUAGAGACACGAAGUCCACUAAACACAACUAUGGGGGCCAAGUCCACGAAACAGCGAGCAGCCAACUACCUGGAGGAAUCCGCCGGAGCAACAGCCAAGUACCAGGCUCUUCGUGACCUUGACAUCUUCGUCUUGGACAACUCCAUCCGGGAAAGCACCGUGGGGCAACUCAGGGGACACACAUUGGAGGCAAAAUGGGCGAUCUACGAAGAGGUCAAGAAGUGCGGGUUCAAACACACUGUUGUGGCAGCCUUCUCUCAUAUGACUCGUGUUGACGAUGACUUUAUCAAAGAGCUGAUGGAGCGUGGUGAAGACCCUUACGGACUGUGGGCAUUCUCUGAGAUAACCGAAGGAGCCAAAAACAAAGUUCCUGACACGGAAGCUGUCCCAAUUAGUGUAAGAAAGCUAAAGGCAGUUGGCAUGUACAACGUUAUCUUCGAGGUGGACCUCGGUGAUGCGACAUAUGACUUUGGGAAAUUCACCAUGGCUGAUAUGUGCGCCCUGGUUUUGAAAUGGAUCAAGUGGAGCCAUGAUAAUCUCGGCAAGAAUACCAAGGUCAUGUUGAAUAUCCGAGACCCCCCUGACGUAAUGCCAUACCACCCAGAGCGUGUCUUCGAACUGGUGGAGUUCCUUGCAAAGCUGCCCAAGAACAUUCGACCUUUUGGCAUAUUGUUUGAAGAGCCAAGAGGGAAGUCUCUGCCGGAAGAAGCCGGCAUGUGGGUCAAGCAUAUUCGUGCGACUAUGAAGGACAACGGUUGGGCGGAUGGGCAACUGCUUGUUCACGUACACGAGAAAUUCGGCUACGGCGAUGCAACUGUCCUCCAGUGUCUUAUAGAUGGCUCAACAGGAAUCUGGGCAAGCGUUUGUGCCGAGGGAGCGGCUCUGGGCAAUGCCUCGUCAUGUGUCACCCUAAUGAAUCUUAUCCGACUCGGGAACAAGAAGGUCCUUGAGAAAUACAACUGCACGUAUCUACGAAAAGCUGCCAUCAAUGCCACAGAGAUUACAACCGGCAUGUUACCCCACAACAAGCAGCCGAUCUUCGGCCCCCGAGCUACGGAUUUUGUUUUUGAUUUGACACCCGAAGAGUUCGACUUGGCCGCAUUCUUUGGCGAGAAGGCUCCGAUUCGUAUCACCACCAUGGCCUCCCCGGACAUGAUACUUUUACACCUGAAGAACUUGUUCGGAGAAGACCCGCAGUUCACUCUUGAUUUGGCCUACAAGAUGAAGGAACUCAUUUUGGAGGACCUCAGAACUGAAAGGAAAGAAGAGUACAUGAGCGCACCAGGCAUUGCCAUGCUCUUCGACCGGGCUGGAGGGAAACUUACCGAGCACAUGCGAGAUACCAUUGAAGCCGUCGACCUGAAGAGCGCCAACGCCACGAAACUCAUCAAAGAGAUCCGCGCCCAGUGGGAAGAAUUUGACUUGAAGGAGGGAGAACAAGGAGGCGUAGCCGGCGACGAUAUGCUGCAAUUCGACACAUUCUACAACGGAUUUAUGGCGCCCUACUUCUCCUGUUACCGCUGCUCGGACACGUACAAGGCGCUUCAGGCGAUCGAUAUGGACAGUGAUGGCCAAGUGGACUGGAGCGAGUUCCUAGUAUAUCUCAAAUGGGCGCUCUACCAGUACCCAAACGUAGAGACCGCUCAGGAGGUCUUGAACAUCGCUUUCACCAAGGGCCUUAUACCGGCCAUGCGAGAUGAAUAUCUGAAGCAGCAAGCGGAGUGAAACACUAUAGCGAGAAUAUAAUGAAUUGAAGACGACUCGGACUUUGACUCAGCUUUGAUACUGAAUUGUAGUUAAAAAGAAAUGUUGCCUUGAGAGCUGAGCGCCAACUAGGACAAUAUCAUCUAUAAAUAAUAUUUUUGGGAUUGUAAGUAGGAGGAAACUGGAGACCCGGGAGAAAGAAACCGACUAGGAUGACUUAAGUUUUCUUGACGCCAGCUUUAUUUCAAUCGACGCAUAUAUUCAAUGUGUAAAGUAGGAAGAUAUUUCAACACCACAGUGCAUUAAUGUUUACAUACAAAAAAUACCAGUUUUAC